UUGUUGAAAUCUUUUUUUUACUUAGAAAUUAAAGCAUGACUUUGAUGAUGGAUGUAAACUUUUGUAGGGUAUCUAAAACUUUGGCACAUACUGCAUAUAGUUGUGUUAUUAAUUGUUGUCGUUGUUUUAGAUUUUAAGGACUGUGACUUGUCUAAAGGACAAUGGAUUCGAGACGAAAGAGGGUCGCUGUACUCAAACUCUACCUGUCCUACAAUACCCGACUCGAAAAACUGCUUAAAACAUGGGAGACCAAACACAGAUUUCUUGUUCUGGAGAUGGAAACCCGAAGGAUGUGAACUUCCGAGAUUCAAUCCCAAAGCUUUUCUCGAACUUGUUCGCGGCAAAAAGAUGAAUUUCAUUGGUGAUUCAGUAGCCAGAAACCACAUGGAGUCUCUUCUCUGCCUCUUGUCAAUUGUAAGACUCUAUUUGUAUAAGAUCUUGUGACAUAACUCCUUAAGCUUGUGACUUAAGAAAUCUCGUUUCUUUGCUUUGGUUUCACAGGAAGAAACUCCGAAAGAUAUCUAAAAGGAUGCAGAUGAGAGAAACAGGAUAUGAUACUUUCGAGAGCAUGACUUCACUCUAUCUACCUCAUGGACUAAGUUUCUAGUGGCGGGAUUCGAGAGGACUCAUGCUAACAAGACCGGAACAGGAAUUUAUGAUCUCGACAUUGACAAGAUCGAUGAGCAAUGGGCGAAGGAUCUGCCAAAUACAGACAUUGCCAUUGUUUCAGCUGGUCAUUGGUUAUUCAGACCAAUAUACAUACAUAGAGGAGAUGAGACAAUUGGUUGCAUCUUCUGUAACUUACCAAACAUGACACAGAUUAGCUUGAAAGAAGGGUUUAAGCUGGUUUUCUCAGCUGCUUUUAAGCACAUCAAUGGAUGUCAAAACUGCAAAGACAACUUAGUUACGCUUCUCAGGACGUUUUCGCCUACCCAUUUUGAGAAUGGGACUUGGAACACUGGAGGAGCUUGCGGGAGGACGAUCCCCUUUAGGGUAGAUGAAAUCAGCCAGCAAAGUAGCGAUAUGGAAAUCAGAACAUCUCAGAUAGAACAGCUUGAAGAGAUUAAAAGUGACAGCUUAAAGAAGAAGAAGUUUGCGGUUUUGGAUGUGACUAGGGCUAUGCUAAUGAGACCAGAUGGGCACCCGAAUUCUUACUGGGGGAAUAAAUGGAUGAAGGGUUUCAAUGACUGUACUCACUGGUGCUUGCCUGGACCAAUCGAUGCCUGGAGCGAGUUUCUCAUGGCACUACUUAGACAACUCAGGUAAAUUUUGAGGAUAAGAAAUUUUAAAAAGUAUAAGGUGAUGUCUUUAAUUCAAUUCUCAUAGAAACCUUUAGUUAUAUGUGUAAGAAAGAGAAGACACAUAUAAACAGGACAUAUACAAAACUGUACAUACCUGAUUGUUUCAUGUAUUCAUGAUCAUAGCCUGCAAAAAACAUUUAAGCAGAGUAAUAACAGUUUCCACCAUUCUUAGUGUUCAUGUGAAGAUAUGAAACAUAAAUAAUCUUCCAAAGAAUCUCAAAAUGGAUGACAUAGAAAUAAAUCGACGUAUCGGAAAAUUUCAACAGACAUUGCGAUCUAAAAGACCACCUUAAACAGACCUUGUCCCAGACUCCAGAGACUAAAAAUUACAGAGAACUGAGACAGAAAUGGCAACAGCUAACUUACUCACCAACUAUGACUACAACACAAAACUUCAAUUGUAUCCUAACUCUUAACUUUAGCAAUCAUAACAUCAUUCAGAUCAAAACACAUAUCAACAAAAGCUGAGAAUAUAAUAAGAGAACUGGGAAAGGUGAGAUUGAUAAAUAGCAAUUCUCCAACUAUUCCUUAGAAAUUCCAAGUUUCAACAGUAAAGACAUGUGAACUUCUAAAGAUUCUCUAAGCAAUUUAUUAAAGAGCAUAAGCUCAAAGUGGAUGUAAUAGAAACAAAUCAACAGAUCAUUGAGUAAUAGCU